AAGGGUUCAAACCGUUUUCCAUUUCGGCAGGGGAAAGGCGCAGCCCAGGUGAUGGUCGACGACAAGUCGCUGAUUGCGAUGGCGAGCAGGGAGAGAGAUCGGGAGCUCCUUAUCCCAGUGGAGGACCGCCCCUCCGACGCCGACGAUGACCCUGACGCCAAGGCGUCCUCUUCUUCAGCCGCCGGUUCCUCCGCCUCCGCCCAACUCCACAGCUCGGGUCGAGAGGCCUUUUAUAAAGUUAUACGAAGUUGGGCAUCAAAGAAGUUCAUGACAGGAUGUUUCAUCUUGUUUCCAAUUGCAAUCACCUUUUAUAUCACCUGGUGGUUCAUUCAUUUUGUAGACGGCUUUUUUUCACCAAUCUAUGCUCAACUUGGGAUUAACGUAUUUGGACUUGGUUUUGUGACUUCCAUAACAUUCAUCUUCCUGGUUGGAGUGUUCAUGUCAUCAUGGCUAGGGGCAUCUGUCCUCAGUCUUGGUGAAUGGUUUAUCAAGCGCAUGCCUUUUGUUCGGCAUAUCUACAACGCCUCUAAGCAAAUUAGUUCUGCUGUAUCACCUGACCAGAAUAAACAAGCCUUUAAAGAAGUUGCCAUUAUUAGGCAUCCUCGAGUUGGUGAAUAUGCCUUUGGAUUUAUCACUUCAACUGUUCUUCUUCAGAGCUACAAUGGUGAGGAGGAACUCUGCUGUGUCUAUGUUCCAACAAACCAUCUCUACAUUGGCGAUAUUUUUCUGGUCAAUUCCAGUGAUGUCAUAAGACCAAAUCUCUCCGUCCGUGAAGGAAUUGAGAUUGUGGUCUCAGGUGGCAUGUCAAUGCCUCAAAUUCUAACAACGCUGCAUGAAAGCCCAGCACUCAAUCGAAGUAGAGCCAGCAGAAGUUGAUACCAAAUGGCACCAUGCCUUGGCAAGUAAACCCUCUUGAUCUUGCACUUCAAAUGCUCAUAUAUUUAACUCUCCCAACAGUGUUUGGUUUAGAUAGGUGGAUAAAAGAUCUGGUGAUAUUAUCUAGAUUUGUGUACUAUUUUGAUCUCACUAAACAUUAUGUUGUAAAUUCUAAUUUCAUAUCUUCAAUCAAUUAGCUGGGUAAGCCAGUUUAGCGUUA